AUGAGCCAAAUCCUCACCCCUCGGCAAGCAGAGGAGCUGCACAAGGCCAUUAUCGCGUACCUCUCAUCGAGCAACCUCCCCAAUGCCGCAAAUGCCCUCAGGGAAGAAUUGCAGAUUGGCGACUCUUUCGAUGCUGCCACCUCGAAGAAAUACGAGGGAUUGCUAGAGAAGAAAUGGACCAGUGUAGUACGGUUGCAGAAAAAGAUCAUGGAACUCGAGUCUCGAAGUGCAUCUCUUCAAUCAGAACUCGAUAAUGCGACACCAACCUCACUAUCCAGACGAAAUCAAGACCCUACCAGCUGGCUGCCACGCCUCCCCGCCCGACACACCCUACAAUCCCACCGCGAUCCGGUUACCUGUGUAGCAUUUCACCCCGUGUUCUCGUCGCUCGCCUCAGGUUCAGAAGACUACACAAUUAAGAUCUGGGACUGGGAGCUGGGCGAACUCGAGAGGACGAUCAAGGGGCAUACAAGGGCAGUUUUGGACGUCGACUUUGGAGGCCCCCGAGGCGCUACCCUGCUCGCGUCAUGCUCGAGCGAUUUGACGAUCAAGCUAUGGGACCCCUCAGACGAGUACAAGAACAUUCGGACGUUGCCCGGUCAUGACCACAGCGUCAGUGCGGUCCGAUUCAUUCCUUCGGGAGCCGCAGGUGCCACAGGAAAUCUGCUUGUGUCGGCGAGCCGCGAUAAGACAUUGCGGAUCUGGGAUGUGUCGACGGGCUACUGCGUCAAGACACUGCGAGGGCAUGCGGACUGGGUACGAGACGUCUGCCCAUCUCCGGAUGGACGCUACCUCUUGUCAGCAGGAGACGAUCAGACUGGCCGUCUCUGGGAUAUCAGCGGCUCAAAUCCCGAAAUCAAGUCAACGUUGAUCGGUCACGAGCACAAUGUGGAAUGCUGCACGCUCGCACCGCCAACGGCUUACAGUCAUUUGGCAUCAUUGGCAGGCCUAAAGAAGGCCCCCCCCGCAACGAACACAGCUGAGUUUAUGGCAACUGGCAGCCGUGACAAGGUAAUCAGGUUAUGGGACGCGCGUGGAAACUGCAUCAAGACUCUUACGGGACACGAUAACUGGGUCCGCGCGCUGGUCUUCCACCCCGGCGGCAAGUACUUGCUCAGUGUAUCCGACGACAGGACUAUGCGGUGCUGGGAUCUGGCGCAAGAGGGCAAGUGUGUCAAAGUUCUGAACGAACUUCAUAACCAUUUUGUUUCCUGUCUGCGUUGGGCUCCAGGCAUUGCACGAGAGGCGGCUACCAAUGGCGACGGUGCCAAUGGCGCCAAUGGAACACCGAGCAAAACGGCAGCGAAGCCCCAGGACGUCUCAAUACGCUGCGUCAUCGCAACAGGAAGUGUCGACAUGAACGUGCGCAUCUUCGCCAACUAA